ACUUGUUCCACACCGAAACCUUCUUCCCAAACAAUGGCUUUAUUCACAGACUCAAACUCAAUCUCUAUUUUUGUGUUCCUUUUGAUCACCUCAAGUGCCCAAUGUCAUGCUGCUUACAGCGGCAGAGGCGGCUAUAAAAGCAUGGUGAAAGAAUAUUUAGCUCCUCACAACGCCGCGCGCACAGCUAUGAGGAUGCGCCCAUUGCACUGGGAUUCAAGGCUGGAAAAUUAUGCAAAAUGGUAUGCGAAUCAGCGGAGGUAUGAUUGCGCGUUGCGGCAUUCGAAUGGACCGUACGGGGAGAACAUUUUCUGGGGAAGCGGCAAAGAUUGGAAGCCGGCGCAGGCGGUGGCCGCAUGGCUUUCGGAGAAGAGUUCGUAUGAUUACUGGUCGAAUUCCUGUAUGGGGGGAAAUGACUGUGGUCAUUAUACACAGAUUGUUUGGAGUAGGAGCAGGAGAAUUGGGUGCGCCAGAGUGGUUUGUGAGGAUGGUCGAGGCGUUUUUAUUACUUGCAACUACGAUCCUCCUGGUAAUUUUAUUGGAGAAAGGCCUUACUAAAUUAUUAUGAGGAUGACGACGAAGAUGGAGAUGAAGAUGUUUUCCAGAAAAAUUUUGGAAGUUUUUUUUUUUUUAAAUAAAUAUUUGAGAUGAAGUUCGUGAUUUGGCUUCAUAUGAGAAGAAGAAACAAAAAUUUUGCACAAUUUAAUAUGGAAUAUGGCGUCAACGCAAGUAUGAUUUUGAAACUCAUAAAAUUGAGAUUUUUAAGUAUGAUUUUGAGAGAGUAAAAGUUGUGUAGAAAUAUCAGUUGAUUAAAUUGCCAAUGAAUUUGUUUUCCA